GAUGGGAAGCAAGGAAGACGUGGGCAAGGGGUGUCCGACGGCCGGUGGCGUCUCCAGCUUCACCAUCCAGUCCAUCCUGGGCGGGGGCCCCUCGGAGGCGCCGCGGGAGCCCACCGGCUGGCCGGCCAGGAAGCGCAGCCUGUCGGUGUCCUCGGAGGAGGAGGAGCCGGACGACGGCUGGAAGGCGCCGGCUUGCUUCUGCCCAGACUCGCACGGCCCCAAGGAGCCAGGCCCCAAGCACCACACCCCCAUCCCUUUUCCUUGCCUGGGUACCCCCAAGGGCAGCGGAGGCACGGGACCAACGGGAUCCGAGCGCACGCCUUUCCUCUCUCCUUCGCACCCGGACUUUAAGGAAGAGAAAGAGAGGCUCUUGCCCUCAGGCUCGCCCUCGCCUGGGCCGGAGCGGCCGCGGGACGGCGGCGCCGAGCGGCAGGCGGGAGCCGCCAAGAAGAAGACGCGCACGGUUUUCUCGCGCAGCCAGGUGUACCAGCUCGAGUCCACCUUCGACAUGAAGCGCUACCUGAGCAGCUCGGAGCGCGCCUGCCUUGCCUCCAGCCUGCAGCUCACCGAGACCCAGGUCAAGACUUGGUUUCAAAACCGCCGCAACAAGUGGAAGCGGCAGCUCUCGGCCGAGCUGGAGGCGGCCAACAUGGCGCACGCGUCGGCGCAGACUCUGGUGGGCAUGCCGCUUGUGUUCCGGGACAGCUCGCUGCUGCGCGUGCCGGUGCCGCGAUCUCUCGCCUUCCCCGCACCACUCUACUAUCCCAGCAGCAACCUCUCGGCCUUACCGCUCUACAACCUCUACAACAAGCUCGACUACUGACCCGCCCGCCGGCCGUACACCCCCCGCCCGCCCCCCGUGCACCCCGGGCCGCCUCCAGCAGCCCGCAGAGCCCGGCGCGGGCUGCACCCUUCCUUCCCAGGGCUCUGGAGCAAAGCGGCGUGUUUCCAGAAAUAUUAAGAAAUACACCAUGUGUAUUCAUUA